UCAUUCUCUGCAUCCCACUUUAUUUGUCGAAGUUCUUUAGAUUCUUUCCACCCACUACCCGUUCGGUUUGGAACUCUUCUCUCUAGUGCUCUCUUUUUUCCCCUUCAAUCACUCUCUGCUUCAACUAUAUUUGAUUCGAUUGACGAGAGAAAUUUGAUAGUGUUGCAAGCAUUGUUGCAACUGUGACUCUAUCUUCAGAUUGACUUUCAGUGAUCAGAAGACUUGCACUUCCCAGCAGCUUUCCUUUGCAAAUCUUUGUUCAAUAAAGAAACAGGAAUUCUGAGAUCAUGGAAAAAAUCGUUGAAGAAACUGCCUGCCUUGAAGUAUGCAAUCAAAUUCAUGAGAUUGAUGCAUUGAGAGAUAACCUUGUGGAAGAAGCUGAUGCUCAAGAAAGGGGGAACGAACCUUAUAUUGAUGAGCAACCCAGUUAUUUCCCAGUACCAGAACCGGUCGGUCAUCUUCCAAAGAAUUCGAAUAUAUUGCAUCAUUACUACUUAAUUGAGCUGGAGCAGAUAUUUGUUUACGAUAUUCCAGUUCGUGAUAUUGUGCUUGUCCUGAGAAAUAAGCUAGAAGCUGAACUUGGAAGCUUGCAUUUUGACUUGCAUGUUGACAGGGGUCGUUUGACAGUGAACUUGAAAUAUGUGGGAGAGAUUAAUCUCACCACAGAUCAGGUCCUUUUGUGUAGAAGGUUUCAGAAAACUCUUUUAAGAGUUCUCAUUGAUCAUGACUUGAAAAGUUUAAACGAGCAUAUGGAUGGAGAUAUUUUGGAAAUUGAGACUGAAUAUCUUUUGCUCCCAGCCACAGCAAAGCAUCAGAGACCUGUGAUCAUUGAUUGGCCUUGCGUUAAUUCUGUGCUAUUUUCGUGUAAGAAGAAUGGUGAAUCUCCCUUGAAUUGUUCUUUAGCCGAGGGUCGUGCUCGUAUUGUACAAACCAAAGAUGGUCCUGUAUGCACUUCCCUGCUUCAGAAUUCUUUGGUGUACACCCCUCACACUGAUCAGAUGUAUUGCACAACUGGGAUUUUGGAAUUGAAUGCAAACUCACGUAUGAAGCACCAUCGUCGUGGCAAAAUCAAUACUUACAAGAAGUACUUUGAAGAACGUCAUGGAAUCAUGCUGUGUUUUGAACAGCAAUCCUUGGUCCGAGGGAGACCCAUUUUUCGGGAGAAAAAUCACCUUCAAAGACGCAGAAAUCAGAAAGAGAAAGAAUCAAGUAUGCCGUCGGUUGAAUUGCCUCCGGAGCUUUGUUCUAUAGUUAUGUCACCGAUUUCAAUCAAUACAUUUUAUUCUUUCUCAUUUGUUCCUUCAAUCAUGCACCCGCUCGAGUCUUUGCUUUUGAAGUCCUUGAAGGAAUCCAAGGCCUUUUCUAGCCUUUCGGCUUCUCAUUCUGAGCUUUCUAGUAGUUUUGAGCUUUCGAGAACCGUACAAAUGGUGACAGCGACAACAUCAACAGGGUUUGAAGCAGUUGCAAAGAGGAAGCCUUUGUUCAUCAAGGUGGAGCAGCUCAAACCCGACACGCAAGGCCACACACUUGGUGUCAAGGUUCUCAGUCCCAAUACCGUCAAGGUCACCGAUAUGAUUUUAUCUCGGCCCCUACAGUACCCCAAGCCCGCGGUCAAGGUCAUCAACAUGUUUUUAUCUCGGAAAUCCAAGUACCCCAAGGCCGUCAAGGUCUCCAACAUGUAUUAAUCACAGCCCCUACAGUACCACAAGCCCCAGUACCCCGUACGAAUCUCUGAGUGCCUCGUUGGCGACGAGACGGGGACCAUCAUCUUCACUGCUCGUAGUGAUCAAGUUGAUAUCAUGAAGCCUGGUGCCACUGUGGUCCUGCGGAAUGCAAAGAUUAAAAUGUUUAAAGGGUUUAUGAGGAUAGUAGUUGAUAAAUCAUGGGGUUGUGUUGAGGUCGUUGAACCUGCAAAUUUUGAUGUUAAAGAAGAUAAUAAUCUCUCUCUUGUGGAGUAUGAACUAGUUAAUGUGAUUGAAGAAUGAUUGUGUCGUAUGGAAGGCGAUGCUUUUGAACUUGAGGGUUGAGUUUGUGUGCUGGCAAUGAAUUGUCAUCUAGAUUUUUAUAUAUGUUGCAAAUAUUUUUGAAGUUGUUUUUGCCCUGUAAUAUAUCUAUGUUAAAUUCAAGUAAUUGUGAAAUUGGGAAA